AUGGCAUCAAAGGCCGCUCCCGUGACGGCGGCCUCCAUGGCUGCUGCUCGUCGCGACCCGCAUCAUCAUCAUGAAGUGGCCUCUUCUGAUGACGAUGAUGACGCCGCGCUGAUGAUUACCGAGUUUAAGCUCGCCGGCAUGAACAUCUCCGAAGUCCCGACCCGGGUCACCAAGGCCACCUUUCUUCACUUUCUUGACCUUUCCAACAACACACUCACCACCCUUUCCGAGUCUUUUUUCACCCUCGUUCAUUUGACCGAGCUCAACUUGAGCAACAACCACCUUUCAGCCCUGCCCAAGCACAUUGGCCAGUUGACAAACCUUGUCAAGCUCGACCUGAGCAGCAACCGCCUCACACAUCUGCCCGAAGAACUCACUCAGCUUACAGAUUUGGAGACACUCAAUGUGAGCAACAACCGGCUGGCCACCAUUCCCGCCCCCGUGCUGGCGCUCGAGCAACUACAAAAGCUCUACAUUGGCUCCAACGCCAUCACAGCGCUCCCGGCAGACAUUGCCCGCUUGAAGAACCUCGAGGUGUUGUACCUCGGCGGCAACCUUCUUCGCACCGUCAACGACAACCUAUGCCAGCUCUCGCGGCUGACACUGCUCUACUUGGGUGGCAACCGGCUGCGCAAGCUCUCGCCCAAGAUUGCCAAUCUACAUCGCCUGCGCACCCUCAACCUUCACGAUAACCAGCUUCAGUUUCUCCCACCUGCCAUUGUGGACAUGCGUUCUCUGCGCCAGCUCUCGCUGCGUAAUAAUCCCCUCGUCACGGACUUUGUUGAAGACGUGCGGCCUGAGCCCCUGUCACUCUUGGAGCUUUGCGCGCGUGAAAUCAAGCGCAAUGGCAUCAAGUAUUGCCGUCACUGCCUGCCCGCCGAGCUUUGCCGCUACCUCGACUCGGCCAAGUGCUGUAGCAACCCGGCGUGCAUGGGCGUCUACUUUACCGAAGGUGCCCGCUCUGUGGAGUUUGUCGAUGUGUGUGGCAAGUACCGCGUGCCUCUCAUGAAAUACGUCUGCACGCACGGUUGCGAGCCGCGCAAGCCGCAUGCAUCAACCGCCUCUGUUCCCUCUGCCUCUGGUGCCGCCAGCAGCACCGCUGCGGCUUCUGCCCCGGCCCCCGCAUCCUCAUCGGGUGGUGCUCGUGACAAGGCCGACCUUUCUCCAGCACAGCAAGCGCGCCUUCAGCGCGUGCUCCUGACAGGCUACAAGGAAGAGGAGUGCUGUCACUCCUAA